CUAUAAAGUCUGGUCAACUUCCAGAGGUCAGUCAUUAACAAUACAGUCCCCAAACAAGUCAAUCUUCAAACAACUUCUCUGCACAAUGAAGCUUUCCUCUGUUGUCGCUCUUCUCUCUGUCUUUGCCCUGCCCGCUUUUGCGACGCAGGUAUAUGUGACCUACGACAACUUCUAUGACAAUUCGGCUACCUCUCUAUCCCAAGUCGCCUGCUCUAACGGUGCCAAUGGCCUCUUGACAAAGGGCUACACCACUUUCGGCUCUCUUCCGUCUUUCCCCAACAUUGGGGGUAUUCCCAACCUCACUUGGAAUUCGGCUCUGUGCGGUACCUGCUGGAAUUUGAAGUACACCACUCCCACUGGGAAACAUGAGAGCAUCUAUAUCACCGCUGUUGAUGCAGCGUACACAUACAACCUGUCGUUGGAGGCAUUUAACAAGUUGACGGACAACACUGGUGUCGCUUCGGGCAAGGUCUCUGCUACCGCCACCCAGGUAGCCACAAGCUUCUGUGGCAUGUAAAG